AUUCCAUAUUUUGGGUGUUGAUCUGAAGUUGUCACACGUGUAUCUGAAGUCGACUCACCUGGAUGUCCCUCGCCUACCGACUCCGACGUGAACAUGAAUGAGCCAUCAUCCAGCAGAUCACCCAUUUUGUCUACAGCACCAGAUAAACGAGGCUUUCACUGUGGCCCCACUGAUCUGAGUUAAGAGGGCUUAAAGGGUCGGGAGAAAACUUCAGAUUCCUCCACAUCAGCAGCGAGCCACAGUCCGGUGGCCUGUGGAGCGAGUUUAAGGUGAUGGUGACUGUGACCGAGGUGCUACAGUUUUGGGGCCUGUUUGUCACAGAGGUCAUUAGCUCGAUCGCCGACUGGUUCCAGACCAAACCAGCAUGGGCCAACCUGGAGGUGCUGGAGGACACGGAGCUGAAGACCACAGGAGGAGUCCAUGAAAGACACAAAGCCAAAACCCUGUGGGAGAAGACUGGAGCUGUGGUCGUGGUUUUACGACGACCUGGAUGAUUAUUGUGCAGAGAGGAGGCCGCUGAGCUGUCCUCUCUCAAAUCCCAGCUGCAGGACCUUGAAGUCCCACUUUUUGCCGUGGUGAAAGAAAACAUUGGCAAAGAGCUGGACGGCUUCAAGAAGUACUUCUCUGGGAAGGUCUACGUGGAUCAGCAGAGAAAUUUCUACGGCCCUCAAGAGCGAUGGAUGUUUCUCUCCAUGUUCCUGCGUGUUGGUGUGUGGAGGAACCUGUGGCGGGCUUAUCGGAGAGGCUUCAGGGGAAACCUGAGAGGGGAAGGACUUGUCCUGGGAGGAGUCUUCGUCAUUGGACCCGGAGAUCAGGGUAUUCUACUGGAGCACCGCGAGAAGGAGUUUGGGGAUAAAGUGAAUCUGCUGGCGGUCCUCAAAACAGCACGGAAGAUACAAGACAACAUGAAAAGAUAGAGCUCAGAAUGUGAACGUUUGUUGGUGUGGUUUCAUGUCGUAGUGGGGCUGGAUGACGCGGCCAAAAAUUAUAUCAAGAUAAAAUAUAAGAUAUUGAUAAUUAUCACAGUUAAUAUCAUCUUUUGUUUAAGUUUAAAGACAGAUUUUUGCUCCUUGUUGUGGCUUUAAACUCUCAAAUCAACUCCUAAAUGUGUUGACACAAUGCGAUAAUUAUUGAUAUUGUUUUAAUGCCCGGUUCCAUGUUACAUUGUUUCCGGAUUCGUGGCUUUCAGUCUGAGCCUGGAUUCACUGCACCUUGACUUACAACACAUUUAACACAUACUCUGCUCAUGUGGCAGUUGCAUGAUCUCAAUGUGUUAAUGCUGUUGUUUCAGGGUGUCUCAAAGGGAUAGUUCACCAAAAAUUGAAUUGACUACUCACCACUAUGAUGUGUGAAAAUGCACAAAAAGUUGUUGCAGUUUCCGGGGGGAAACAGCAUGGCUGGCAAAUCCAAUACAAUUGAAGUUAAUGGUGAGUGAUUCUUAAAAUGUAUAAAACUUUAAAAGUUGAAAAUGGAAAAUACCUUGUUUUUAGUGCCUAAAUAACAGCUGUGAUCCACCAGUGAACGUGGCUCUGGAGUAAGAUAUCAGUGGAAGUUUAGGCUAAAAACACAGUGUUCACCAUUAAGUUCCAUUAUAUUGGAUAUGGCUGCAACUCUGUUUAGUGUUUUGUGGCCUCCAACACUUUCACCCACCCCUCCAUAGGCACAGUAAGUGAAUUUUUCAUUUUUGGGUGAACUUUCCCUUUAAGCAAAGCAACAGCUGAAAUGUGCCACUUUAAAAGCUUAUCGUCCACCGUCUGCAAACCUGGGCUUGGAUGUGUGAUGGUGUUUCGUGUGUUUUAAUGAAGACCUGUUUCUAAAUCUCAGAUGAGAGACACAGCUCUGAUGUGAACACACCAACUCAUCACCUCAAAACAAGACAGGGAUGUGAUGACGUGAUGGAGGAUAAACAGCUGGAGUGAGGCAGUGUUUUCUUCUGUUUGACAUCUCAUAAUAAAACAAUGUUCGUGUCCAGCUGA